GCAUGAGAUCACCGUGGCACAGCUGCAUGUGUAGUCACUCUUGAAGCAAUUGCACACCUAAUUGGCUGACAAUCUUGGCAUUUUUAAAACAAACACAAGCCUUUUAAAGACAGGGGACGUACUUAUGUAUGAAUAGUCAAAUAAACCUAUUGGGUGUCAUCAAUGGAGCCCUCUGGCACUGAACAGUUGUGUGAUGACCCUGAUCCUGGAGGCAAAUCCCAAGAUCAAGAGACCAAAAAACAACAUGAAUCAGAGCAAAAAUUAUCCAAAAUAACCCAUAAUGCUUUGGAGAACAUUAAUGUGAUUGGUCAAGGCUUGAAGCACCUUUUCCAGCAUCAGCGCAGGAGGUCGUCCGUUUCUCCACAUGAUGUUCAGCAAGCUCAGGCUGAUCUGGAGCCUGACAUGGAUUUGGAAAGCCAAAGCGUCUGUGCUGAAAUUGAUGGUGUCUCCACCCACCCCACAGCUCUGAACCGGGUGCUUCAGCAGAUUAGAGUGCCACCUAAAAUGAAGAGAGGGACGAGCCUGCACAGCAGGCGGGGCAAGGCGGAUGCCCCGAAAGGAAGCCCGCAGAUCAACAGGAGGUCUGCCCAAGAUAUUCAGUCAGGUCGGCCCAGAUCGUCAUCUACUACAGAUGCUCCCACAAACUUGUCCGUGAUGGAGAUUGCGUCUUCUAUCUGUGUAGGUGGAGAGGAGGCCACAGCAGCAGCAGCAAUCGAGCGAUUGGAAGUCAGCAGCCUAGCGCAGACCUCCAGUGCAGUGGCCUCGAGCACUGAUGGCAGCAUCAAUGCAGACUCUGUUGAUGGGACCCCGGAUCCUCAGCGUACAAAAGUGGCUAUCACACACCUGCAACAGAAGAUACUGAAGUUGACCGAGCAGAUCAAAAUCGAACAAACAGCCCGUGAUGACAAUGUGGCAGAGUACCUGAAACUGGCCAACAAUGCAGACAAGCAACAGAGCGCCCGCAUUAAGCAAGUGUUUGAGAAGAAAAAUCAAAAGUCAGCCCAGACCAUCUUGCAGCUGCAGAAGAAACUAGAACAUUACCAUCGAAAGCUGCGAGAGAUUGAACAGAAUGGGAUCCCUCGGCAGCCGAAGGAUGUCUUCAGGGAUAUGCAUCAGGGUUUGAAAGAUGUUGGAGCAAAAGUCACUGGCUUCAGUGAGGGAGUAGUAGACAGCGUAAAAGGUGGGCUUUCCAGUUUCUCCCAAGCCACGCAUUCAGCAGCAGGAGCUGUGGUUUCCAAACCCCGGGAGAUUGCCUCCCUCAUAAGGAACAAGUUUGGGAGUGCAGACAACAUUGCUAAUCUGAAAGACUCCUUAGAAGAAGGCCAGGAAGAUGGGACAGGAGGCAAGGCCCUAGGUGUUAUUCAGAACUUUCAGUCAAGCCCAAAAUAUGGCAGUGAAGAGGAUUGCUCCAGUGCCACGUCGGGCUCAGUGGGAGCCAACAGCACAACAGGGGGCCCUGUGGGAGCUUCUAGCUCCAAAACAAACACUCUGGAUAUGCAGAGCUCAGGGUUUGAUGCAAUACUGCAUGAGAUUCAAGAAAUUCGAGAGACACAGGCAAGACUGGAAGAAUCAUUUGAGGACCUUAAGGUUCGCUAUCAGAGGGAUUACUCAUUAAUAAUGCAGACUCUGCAGGAGGAGCGGUACAGAUGUGAAAGACUCGAAGAGCAGCUAAAUGACCUGACUGAGCUCCACCAGAAUGAGAUCCUCAAUUUAAAACAGGAGCUGGCCAGCAUGGAGGAGAAAAUUGCCUAUCAGUCUUAUGAGCGAGCCCGGGACAUCCAGGAGGCACUGGAAGCGUGCCAGACCCGCAUCUCCAAGAUGGAGCUGCAGCAGCAGCAGCAGCAAGUGGUGCAGCUGGAGGGGCUGGAGAACGCCACGGCCAGGAACCUGCUGGGGAAGUUCAUCAACAUCCUCCUGGCUGUCAUGGCUGUCCUCCUCGUCUUCGUCUCCACUGUGGCCAACUGCGUCGUGCCCCUCAUGAAGACUCGCAAUAGGACGUUCAGCACUUUAUUUAUAGUGGUUUUCAUUGCCUUUUUGUGGAAGCACUGGGACGCCAUCACCGGCUACUUGGAACGGUUCUUGUCUCCCCCCAGAUGAUGGUGGCAGGAAUUGGCUGCGUCGCCCUCCUCCCGGCGCUCUCAGUGAGCAAGCGUGGCAAAGAUUAGUCAGCAACUACUCCGCUGAAGUUUUAAAGUGUCCGAGUGAAUUUGUUUACAUUUAGAAUAACGUUUUUUCUCUGCGAGAUGCAUUGCAAUAGUAUUUUUUAGAUUUUAUUCAAGAACUCUUUUUGGCGAGAAUCCUGGAUAAUUUUUAUGUAGCAUGGUUCUCUUUGGAUGCAAAUCUUAAGAUUCUUUAAAGUGUACAAAAUAAAUAAAUACAGAAAUUUGGAGCAUA